UGCAUGUGUAUUGACAUCGACUAAGGGAUUCAUUCCGAUCCCGUUCCCGGUGCUGCGCUUAAGUUCUCUCGCCGCCCUGUUCCCGGGAAGUGACGCCGACUCAUACAAUCCCCACCCGUUUGGCUGUCACCAAUUUGGCCAAACAUAUGAGUGUUUCACUGAUUGUUAUCCGGCUGGAGCUUGCGGAUAAUUCCCGUUUUCCAGUAGGCUUCCAAUACCGUGCUGCCACUGAAAUGUCUGAUGAGGAAAUCAAAGAAAAGACGUUGUGUACUGCAGCGGCUUGCUUGGAAGGGAAAGCGCCGGGGGACAGAACAACCAUCCUGCACCAACACCUUGGGAGGAGGGAAAUGACAGACAUGAUAAUAGAGACUAUCGGUCCUAGCACAGAUCCACAGACGAGUCCUUCUCCUGAGGAUCAAGAUGAUGAUGAUUUGGCUGCUUCUAGCAAUCCAACUCCAGACUCCCCUUCCAAACAACUGCCUGAUCAGAUCAUUUUCCUCAGCGGGAACCCGUCAGUGGAAAUUGUCCAUGGCAUCAUGCACCUCUACAAAACAAAUAAAAUGACUUCUCUGAAAGAAGACGUAAGACGCAGCGCCAUGCUUUGUAUUCUUACUGUUCCUUCAACGAUGACCAGUCAUGAUCUAAUGAAGUUUGUGGCAUCGUUUAAUGAGGUCAUCGAGCAUAUGAAAAUCAUCCGGGAUUCUACUCCAAACCAGUAUAUGGUUCUGAUAAAAUUCAGCUGUCAGGCCGACGCGGAUAGCUUCUACAUGGCUUGCAAUGGGCGUCAGUUUAACUCUAUUGAAGAUGACGUGUGCCAGCUGGUGUACGUGGAAAGGGCGGAGGUAUUCAAGUCUGAAGACGGUGCCAGCCUUCCGGUGAUGGAUUUAACUGAGCUUCCAAAGUGCACGGUGUGCCUGGAGAGAAUGGAUGAAUCCGUCAACGGUAUUCUCACAACACUGUGUAACCACAGCUUUCACAGCCAGUGCCUGCAACGCUGGGAGGACACCACGUGCCCAGUGUGCAGAUACUGCCAGACACCUGAACCAGUAGAAGAAAACAAAUGCUUUGAAUGUGGUGUACAGGAGAACCUGUGGAUCUGUUUAAUCUGUGGCCAUAUUGGAUGUGGGAGGUAUGUCAGCAGACAUGCAUAUAAACAUUUUGAGGAGACACAACAUACAUAUGCAAUGCAACUGACCAAUCACAGAGUCUGGGACUAUGCAGGAGAUAAUUACGUUCAUCGAUUGGUCGCAAGCAAAACAGAUGGAAAAAUUGUUCAGUAUGAGUGUGAGGGGGACACCUGCCAGGAGGAAAAGAUCGACUCUUUGCAGUUAGAGUAUUCCUACCUGCUCACCAGUCAGCUGGAAUCUCAGCGCAUCUACUGGGAAAAUAAGAUUGUCCGUCUGGAGAAAGAUACAGCAGACGAGAUUAAUAAUAUGAAGGCAAAGUUUAAGGAGACCAUAGAUAAAUGUGACAGCCUGGAACACAAAUUAAAUGACCUGCUUAAGGACAAACAAGCAGCAGAACGAAGGUGCACCCAACUAAACACCAAAGUAGCCAAGCUUUCAUCAGAGUUGAAGGAAGAACAGGAAAUGAACAAAUGCCUGAGAGCAAACCAGACUGUCCUGCAAGCUAAACUUCGAGAAGAAGAGAACCUGCGGAAGGAACUCUGUGAGCAGAAGGACGUGCAGAUCGUGGAAAUGCAGGACCAGCUGCGUGAUGUAAUGUUCUACCUGGAGGCACAGCAAAAAAUCGAUCAGAUGCCUGCAGAUACACGACAGGAUAUUCAGGGCGGCCAGAUCAACAUACCGGUGGCAUCUUCCAGUUCUCCUCCUGCGUCUGCAAAACAUCCAUCCCGGAAGGGGCGUGGGAAAAGAGGAAAAUAGAAAUCCAAAGCUUUUUCACCCUGUAUAUCUCCAAAUAUAGUCUGCAGACUUCAGUAUGACCUAGGCAUAA